CGUCGACGAUAAUUACCGGUGGUUGUAUCACAUCCCGCGCAGCAGCAGCAGCAGAAGCAGCAGCAGCAGACCGAGAAGACGCAGCAGAGAAGCCCGCUCGUUUUUCAAUUCCAUAUAUACGCACAUCUAUAUAUAUUGAUAUAUAUAUAUAUAUAUAUAGGGAAUAUACAUUGGCGAAUUUUCGGUGGCCUUUAAUUUGUUUGUGUUUUUCCGUGUUCACCGCGUGCAUAUGCAAUUACGUGUGUGUGCCGGCCACAAAAGACUAUAAUUAUAAAACUAAAGUGAAAAGCGUGCCAUAAUAAGUGCGAGAGCAAUGUGCGAAAAUUGCUAACGAACGCAGUAGCAGUAGCAACAAGAAGCAGCAAAAGCAGCAGCAGCAGCAGCAGCCAAAAAAUUAAACCACAUCACAUUUACUACGAGCCUUUCAACAUGAUCGAUGCGGCUUGCAAUUACUUGAAUCCCUAUGCGCAACAGCAUCAGGCGCAGCAGACGCAGCAGGCGCAACAGCAGCAGCAGCAGCAGCAACAUCAUCUGCACAUGCAGCAGGCGCAACAUCAUCUCCACAUGCCGCAGCAACAGACGCAACAGCAACAACACAUGCAGCAACACUUGCCGCAGCAGCAACAGCAAUCGCAGCAGCAGCAGCAAUCGCAGCAGCAACACCAUGAUUUUCUCAGUGCCGCCGCCCUUUCCCACGCCCACGCCCACGCCCACUCCCUCUCUCUGUCCGGCUCCAGUUCCGGCUCCAGCUCCGGCAGUUCGCCCAUGUACGGUUCCGGUUCCGGUUCCGGCAAGCCGGCAAUGAAGCUGGAACUGCCAUAUCCGCAUCCCUCCUCCACGGGCACCGCCUCGCCCAACUCCAGCAUCCAGUCGGCGCCCUCAUCCGCCUCCGUUUCGCCCAGCAUCUUCCCCUCGCCCGCCCAAUCCUUUGCCUCCAUUUCGGCCAGCCCCUCCACGCCCACCUCGACGACCUUGGCGGCGGCGGCGGCGGCAGGCACGGGAACAGGAGCAGCGGGAUCGCUAUCGGGAUCCUCAUCCUCAUCCGCCUCAUCGCCCACUUCCACGGCCGCAUCGGCGGCAGCAGCGGCGGCAGCAGCGGCAGCGGCAGCAGCGGACCUUGGAGCUGCAGCGGUCGCCAGUGCCGCCUACGGCUGGAAUACCGCCUACUCCGGAUUGGGGCCACCAAGAACUCAGUUCCCGUAUGCGCAGUACGCCUCCGAUUACUACGGCAAUGCGGUGGGCAUGUCCUCAUCCGCCGCCUGGUUUUCGCACCAGGAGCGUCUGUACCAGCCGUGGAGCUCGCAGAGCUAUCCGGGCUUCAACUUCGACGACAUUGCCUUCCAGACGCAACUGCAGCGGCGAUCCGUGCGCUGCACGUGCCCCAACUGCACGAACGAGAUGAGCGGCCUGCCGCCGAUUGUGGGUCCGGAUGAGCGCGGACGCAAGCAGCACAUUUGCCACAUUCCCGGCUGCGAGCGCCUGUACGGUAAGGCCUCGCAUCUGAAGACCCACCUGCGUUGGCACACCGGCGAGCGUCCGUUUCUGUGCCUCACCUGUGGCAAGCGAUUCUCGCGAUCCGAUGAGCUGCAACGUCAUGGCAGGACGCACACCAACUAUCGACCCUAUGCCUGCCCCAUCUGCUCCAAGAAAUUCUCGCGCAGCGAUCAUCUGAGCAAGCACAAGAAGACGCAUUUCAAGGACAAGAAGAGCAAGAAGGCACUGGCCGCGGAGGCCAAGGAGCAGGCUGCGUCGGCGAUAAAGCAGGAGAAGCGUGAGAAGAAGUCCCAGGGCAAACCCCUGACCCCGCCCGUGGAGUUUAAACAGGAGCAGUUGGAGAGCCCUCUGGUUAACUAUGCACCCUAUGCUAGCAUCUACCAGGGUAGCAAUGCCCUGCCAGCACCACCGCCGCCACUCUUCCAGCAGCAGACGCAAAACGGCCAGCAAAUGGGGGCCACCAGCUACUCCGUGGAGCCCUGGAGCAGUCGCAGCCAAACACAACCAGCCACUACCUCAGCGAGUUCAUCGUCCUCGGCCUCAUCCUCCAGCGGCAGUUCACCCGCGGCACUGGCAUCGACGACUGGCGGAGCAACUGCCUCCGCAGCGGCAUCCUCGCCGGCUGCUUCCGCCACCGCCACCGCUUCCCACAGCCCUGGCCCACAUCACUACGCCGCACUGGCCAUGCAAAGUGAGUCGCAAUUGGCGGCGGAAUAUGGCCUGACCAUGAGCGGAUUGGCCAGCGGAGCUAGCCAGGAUUCCAGCUCCAGUUGUCACAUGAAAUCGGAAUAUGCGGCCAGCUAUCCAGCUGACUUUGGAGCGGGCACGGCCAGCUAU